UUCCCGGACUGGGAAUACAAAGACACCUACUCUGCAGAUGAGUAGGUAGAAUAUGGGUUUUAUGGAAAAGGGGUUAAAUUUUAGGGUGGUAGAUAGUAAUGGUUUCUAUGUCCAUGGCAUUCUUCAGGGACGGGUUCCUAUGCAAUAUACUUUCAUGUAUGGUUCAAAUGAAGUAGUUGAAAGGCAAUCGACUUAUCUCGAAAUCAAAGGGAAGACUGACUUGACUAAUCCUUGGCUAGUGGCAGGGGAUUUCAAUGCGAUUGUGGACAGUACUGAAUCUUUUAAUUCUGGUGGAUUGGGUGAGAGUGUUGAGCAUUUUAAGGCCUGGAUUGAAGACUUGCAGUUUAUUGAUCAUGCAGCUCUAGGGCCUUGGUUCACAUGGUCUAACAAGCAAGUGGCAAACCCUAUAGCAAAGCGAUUGGAUAGAGUGCUGGUCUCGGAAGGAUGGGUGGAAAAUUUUCCUAGAAGUUCAGUAAAGAUUCUUCUUCCUAGGCUUUCAGAUCACUGUGGGUUGCUCAUUAGUGAAGACUCCAAGAUUAAAACUCUGCCUCGUCCUUUCAUAUAUUCCAGUUUUUGGAAGCUACACCCACAAUAUGAAAACUUAGUAAAAGAAGGUUAGAUCUGUUUUUUCACGGGCACAACAAUGACUAGGUUAUACCAGAGACUCCGCAAUAUCAAAGUGCGCCUGAAGAAUCUAAACAGGGAGAGCUACUCGGAUAUACAUGAAAAAGUUAACAUAGCAAGGGAAGAACUUGACAAAAGCUCAGCUGGAAGUGUUGGAGCGCCCUGCCUCGUUAGCUUUUCAGGCUGAGUAUAGGUGUAUGGUCCAGCUUCUAGCAAUACAAAAAGCUAAAGAGUCAUUCCUUAGACAGAAGUCACAACAACAGUUGGUGAAUUGUGGAGAUUCGAACUCCAGAUUCUUUUACAGUAUGGUCAAAACAAGGCAGGCUAAGAAUACAAUAAAACAGUUGGUUACUGAGACAGGAACAAUAGUGGAGGAUAUUGAGGAAAUUGGUCACGAGGCAGUGGAGUUUUACAAGAAGUUACUGGGAACUCAGGAUACCAAGCUAAAAAGGGUCACUGUAGACACUCUUAGAAAGAUGCUAAAGUUUCACUUAGAAGAAGACUCGGUGAAUCUAUGUGCUAUGGUCACAACAGAUGAAAUUAGAGAGGUUGUGAUGGGAAUAAAGAAAGGAAAGGCACCUGGACCUGACAGGUACUCAGCUCAGUUCUUUCAAGAGCACUAGGGGCUUGUGGGGACUGAGUUUACUCUGGCUAUUCAGGAUUUCUUUCGAACUGGAACAUUACGUAAAGAAGUCAAUUGUACCAUCCUAGCCCUAAUCCCAAAGGUACGUAAUGCUUCCUCUAUGAAAAACUUCAGGCCAAUUUCCUGUUACAAUUUGGUGUAUAAGUGUGUCUCCAAACUCUUAGUUAACCGUCUUAAAAAAGUUCUACCACAGCUGAUAAGCCCUAACCAGUCAUCAUUUAUUGAAAGAAGGUUGUUAAUAAUAUUGUGCUUGCAAAUGAGUUAGUUAAAUGGUAUAGAAGGAAAAAUGUCUCCCUCAGAUGUGCUCUCAAGAUAGAUAUCAUGAAAGCAUUUGAUAGUGUAGACUGGGAUUUUGUGAAUUGUGCUUUAAUAGCAAUGGGAUUCCCUGAGAAGUUUGUUCUUUGGAUUAAGAGUUGUCUGGAGUCAGCUAGUUUCACAGUGUGUAUAAAUGGAGGUCUAACAGGGAACUUCCCGACAAGGAAAGGACUAAGGCAGGGUGUCCAUUGUCCCCUUACCUGUUUGCCAUCAGUAUGGAGGUCUUAAGCUGUAUGUUAGAUCAUGCGACAGAGAGAUCUUUUCUUCCAUAUCAUCCUCAUUGCAGCAGAAUAAAACUCACCCAUCUAUGUUUUUGCCGACGACCUGCUGCUCUUUACUAAAGGGUCAGUAGAAGGGGUGGAAGUAGUAGCUGAGAUCCUCCAGAAAUUUUAUCUAAUCUCAAGACUCAAAUGUAAUCCAAGAAAGAGUGAGUAUUCAGCUCAGGGUGUCUGAAGGGUUAAGGGCUGAGCUAGCAAGAACAUCUGGUUUUCAGGAAGGGCACUUACCUGUUAGAUAUCUGGGGCUUCCUCUGAAUGCAGGAAAACUCUCGACAGAAGAUUGUAAAGCUUUAAUUAAUAGAAUUGAUGGGAGAAUCAAAGGAUGGCAGCCUAAACUUCUAUCAUAUGCGGGAAAGCUCGAGUUGGUUAUAUCAGUGCUAGCUAGUAUGACUCAAUAUUGGAUGAAUGUGAUAUUGCUCCCUAAGAAAGUAAUCAAGGAGAUAGAGCGAAUCUGCUCUCAAUUUCUCUGGGGUGACUUAGAGAAGAAGAAAAAGGCAAGGGUGGCUUGGAAAAUGGUGGCUCUACUCCGUGCUGAAGGUGGUAUGGGAUUCAAAGACCUAAGUUCUUGGAAUAAAGCGUGUUUAGCACGACAUCUAUGGGGGGGGUACUGCCUGAUCCAAAAACCUUCUGGAUCGCUUGGUUAAAGGAGUAAAAACUUCGAAACCUUAGCAUCUGGGAAGUAUAGACGAGAGGCUCUUGGGUUUGGAACAAAAUCCUACAGCUUCGAACUCUUUUUGCAGAUAAAUUGUGCAGAACAGCUCGGGGUGUGGAAUGAGAGGGUGCUGAAAUGGCCAGAUUUCAGACAAGUAAGGUGUGCCAGAGUAUCAGAUCAAGAGGGUAGACAGUGGCAUGGGAAAAGUUGAUAUGGAAGAGAGGAAUACCCAAGAACUCGUUGCUAGUAUGACUUAUAUUGUUGGGGAGAAUCUCUACAUUGGAUAAAAUUCACGCUGAAAUCCAGAGGUAAAUGUAACAUGUCCUUUAUGUAGGCAGGAAGAUGAAUCGCGUGAACAUAUUUUCUUCCAGUGUGGUUAUGUGCAGGAUGUUUGGAAGGCUGUGUUUCCUAUUUCAUGGAAGCUUCCUAUUGAGGCUAGCUAGCUUGCAGGGGCAGUGGUAACAUCAAAUAAGAAACUAGGUGGAAGUCAGGUGGCCAGAAUCCUUUGGUGCCUUGUGUUGAGCGAAAUCUGGAGAGAGAGAUGCAGAAGACUCUAUGGAGGGAAGCAGUUGCUAGCAGCUGAGCUGGUUCUGAGGAUGCAGAAGGUAAUGGAGGCGAAGGAGCUUGGAGACCAAGACUUUGCAGCGUCGCCAGCUGCAAGAUUCCUGUGGUAUAAAGCCUAGUUAGCUAGUUGAAAAGAAUGUAACAGAAGUAAGAUUUCUAUUGUUUUUUGCGGACAGUCAGGUUUUGUACAAGUCAAACAAUGUACUGAUUAUAUAGAUGAAUAAAAUCCCACCCAUUCAUCGAAAAAAUAAACAUUUGCAUCAGGAUUUUCAACAAGGGUAUCACUAAAAUUAUCAAUAGGAGCAACAUUAUCAUCACCAACAUUAUUAGUAACUCAAUGGAAGAUUACUCAAUAAAUUGUACCUACCCGAAUAGGUUAGAGAACUCAAUUGAGUCAAAGAGGAGAACAAAGAGUAAAAUAGAAUGUAUGUGGGUAAAAUCAAAUUAUUUGGAUUUGAGUUUAAGCCACAAAUUAAGUAUAAUAUUACUACUUAAACUAAGUAAUCCAGUUUUUAACCUUUUACGACUGCUUGCUUGGGUGGUGUGAUUAAUGAGAAUAAUACUAAUUGCACAUAUAAGAUAUAGGCUCAUCAUUUAGUUAGUGAUAGUCACUUUGUUUCCCAAGCAAUUUGAGCAAAAAAAUUACAUAUAUGAAGGCCCAUUUAAGCUAUAAAUUAAUUAGAGGCCAUAAUUAUUUAAUUAAAGGUAGUCAUUUUGUUUUUCAAGCAAUUUGGGGCAAAAUAGAUUAGUUAUUUUGAAACCCGUUUAAGCUAUAUAUUAAUUAGAGUCCCAUCAGCAGCUCUCUUUCUUUUUUAAUCAUUGUGGGCCUAUUAACAACUAUAUAGAAAUUACUUCCAGUGAGGCUCUCAUUUUUCUGGAGCACUCGAAACACUCUCGCUCCAUGAAUUGGUCACCUAAUAUAAUGUAAGCUAUUGCUAGUUGCUACUGUCUUUUGUCUCGAUCAUUGAAGCUUAGAUAUGGAAUGAAAUGAACUCAAGUUUUUGAAGAUGUCUCAAAACUCAAAUUGGUGUUAUUAGGCGCCUAGCUAGCUAGUUGGUGGUAGUCAUAACUCAUAAUCACAAGUAUACUAAUCGUGGGUGGAAAUUUAAACGUGUGGAUUAAGAGACAGCAUUCUGUUUUGUUAAGUAAGGUAAUUAAGUAGGUAAGCAUGCCGGAAACUAAAUUGCACGUGGGUAUUAUUCUUUUCCCUUUUUAGUGGGAAAUUCGGAUGUUCAUACGUCAAAAAUUCCAACCAAAUAGAUAAUCUUGUAGCUCGUUACGAGGUAUUGGUUUCAUCAGUGGACCUUUUUUCACUUCCUUCUGCUGUGCUUCAUCCAUGGAAACUUCAGCUUCUUAUAUCUUCGAAUUGGGUUUUUACGUAUGGAGGUUGACCAUCUUUUACGCCCUCUCUGUAAGCCUGAAUUUUGUUUCUCACGAGCUACAAACAAAAACCGUUCAAAUCAGGUAAGACAAUGGACAGCAAUGAAUGAUGUCACCACCGUAGAUUUAAGGAGACAUAUAUACGUAAUUUAGAUCGAUGAUUGAAUGUUAGGAGUGGAUCCACUGACAAAAGUAAUGAUUUUUACGGUACAAGAUCGACCUCUGGAGAUCCGUUAUUGGGUGUUGGGUUUGUAAAAUUGAAGGUUCGGAUUAAGAAAUAUAUACCUACGUUGGCAUCCUUGACGGUCGUUAUUCAUAUGUUUUUCUCAUGGUGAUUCAUUAUUGACGGAGUUAUUGUGCCCGUCUUAACUACUUCUAUGAGUUCGGGGUGUUCAUGCAUGAGAGUUAAAAAUAUACUGUCGGUAAUGAAUUUCUUCUCCAAAUGAAUAACAAUACGUAUUUAUAGGUAUAUCAACCAUACUCAAUGAUUCGUACCAGAUCAUAUGAUACUGGAAAAAUCAGUAGUAUUAUAUUUUAUACUAAGAUCGUGAUUUGAUCCCGAUUCAACCGUUUCAUAUUGCUAAAACCGUCUACCAGUUUAGCAUAUGAUACCUCAUAUUACGAUUUCAUUAGCUGCUCUCUAUUUUCUUUCACUCUCACCAUCCACGAAAGUGAUAUGAAAAACUAGAGUCCAUAUACAUAUUACAACAAACGAGUGGCCCCUAAACUUCUACUGAAUGAAAUACGCCAUUGACUCUUCUUUGCUUUCUUCUUUGUGGCUUCCUUUGUGCAUAUUGAUCGCUACCUCUUUGAUGGUAACAUCACAGCUGAGAAUACGAUAAGGAGAAACUCGCUCUCUCGUCUCAUCUGCGACCCUUUAAUCAAAAGAUGAAAGAAAUCAAAGCAGAGCACGACAAGAUACGGAAUUCUAGUUUUAUAUAUGCACUUGUGUUGUGCAUACGUGUAAUCUUUUCCAAUGCGUUGGCCGGCUCCCAUUUGUGGGAAGAACAACAGAGAAUGAGGUAAAUUGUAUGUUUUUUUCCCCCGUGUGUGUGAAGGAAUAUAUUAGGUAGUAUUCAUCUAUGCAACUAUGGCUUAUUCUCUCAUCAUAGUCACCAACGCCGUUGUCAAAAACUAAUUGAUACCAAUGACUCGAGUUGUUGGAGAGAUUCUAUAGUGGACCAUAUAUCAUUUACUAACAGUUAUACACCCAUUGCCCUCCCAAAACCCUAAUCAAUGAUCAGUGGCGGAGCCAGGAAAUUGGCCAAGGGAGUGUCUUUAUCUUAUCAUAAAAAAUCACCUAUACAAUAGAAAAGUCAACUUUAAAUUAAACAAAAAGUCAACAACGCAAUACUCUAAAUUCACACAAUUACAUUAAAAUAGUUUCACGUACACCGGUUACAACGUCAAACAAAUAAGUUCAGUACAUACAAAUCAAGACUUCCAUUCAUCAAAUACUACAAAUUAGAACUCAGAAGUACCUUGGAAUUGAUUUUGUGAAACAAACAAGUGAACUUCAAUUGGUACUUCUUCACUUUCAACUUUGUUUAAACAAAAGAAAAGAAAUUUCUCUGUUGUAGAGCUACAAAAAAAAGAGCGAAUUUAAACAAAAGACAACAAUUUAUUACUAUAAAUAAAGACGAAAGUGCAUUACAUAACAAAACUCACUCGAUCGAAAUGAUAAGAAAUUCUUCCUGCAACUGAAUGGUCAUUGGUUCGAAUUUGUAUAUACCCCUACUCGGAAUUUUUUUCUCCAAACCCAAGGGGGUGCAAAGCACCCCCUCCUCUCCAAGUGGCUCCGCCGCUGUCAAUGAUGACAUGCCUUCUAAAAUCAAAUUUCACGCAACCAUUCAAAGUGGAACGUUUUGUAUGUGUCGGAACCAUGUAGCUCAAUUAGUACGAAUAUUGACUGUUUUGGGUCAAGUUUGUACGAAUUUACUUUUGGUUAUCUACUUUUAAAAGGCUCAGUACUGAUUGGCCUAGGUGGGCAAUAAUAUACAAGUGUCUUUUUCCUUGUAUUCCCGACGUGGACUUGAAUUGUCCCAUAACUAUCAUUACCUCAAGAUAAGGACCAUGAACUUCGUGUUCUCUCCUCUGCGAUUAUCUUGAUUCGCCAGACAUCUUGUAUCGACAGGCUAUACGAAACAAGGAUUCACCAUAUGCAGAUCUCCUUGACCCACCAGACAAUACGCGAAUCUCCUCUGAUCCGCCAAACAAACACAUAUCUCAAAU